ACUCCCCCCCCCCCCCCCCCCUCCCCCCAGCUCGCGGAGUAGAUCUCUUCCACGCUGAUUUCACAGGACCCGGCGAUCACGCACACCGAGCUGAAGGCUCACAAUGGAAGGCCAUCCCCUCCUUCAUGCUCCGUGAACCCUCCCCAAGUGGACUACUUGUUUGUCGCACAGUGUGUACGAAUGGUGGCUCCACGGAGACGCGACAGGGGAGGAGGAGGAGGUGGAGGACGGCGCUCCCUCGUCUUCUAAGAGGAUAAAGGGGGAAAGGGGGCUAUUUUUAACCGGACUCUUGUGGACUCUUACCCGGGGCACGAUGAGCGGCGGGCCGGAUGAGAGCUCGGUGCGUGUGGCGCUAAGGAUCCGUCCUCAGCUGGCCCGAGAGAAGAUCGAAGGCUGCCACAUUUGUACGUACGUGAUGCCCGGCGAGCCGCAGGUGGUCCUGGGCAAGGACAAGGCCUUCACGUACGACUUUGUCUUCGACAUGGACACCCAGCAGGACGCCAUCUACGGCCACUGCACCGAGAGUCUCAUCGAGGGCUGCUUCCAGGGCUACAACGCGACCGUAUUCGCGUACGGCCAGACGGGCUCGGGGAAGACUUACACCAUGGGAACCGGCUUCGACGUCAACAUCGGCGAGGACGAGCUGGGUAUCAUUCCCAGGGCCGUCAACCACCUGUUCCGGGGCAUCGAGGAACGGCGGCAGGCUGCCACCGAGCAGGGAAAGCCUGCCCCCGAGUUCAAGAUCAACGCUCAGUUUCUGGAGCUGUACAACGAGGAGGUGGUGGACCUGUUUGACACGGCGCGGGACGUGGAGGCCAGGAGGCCGAAGUCCAGCGUACGCAUCCACGAGGACGCCAGCGGAGGCAUCUACACGGUGGGCGUGACCACGCGCAGCGUCAACUCCGCGGCCGAGAUGAUCCAAUGUCUGAAACUGGGCGCUUUGUCCAGGACCACGGCCAGCACUCAGAUGAACGUGCAGAGUUCGCGCUCUCACGCCAUUUUCACGAUCCACCUGUGCCAAGUUCGGAUGUGCUCACCCGACAACGAUAACGCGACAGACAACCGUCUGGCGGGCAACUCGGACAUCAACGAGUUGGAGACGCUGUCGGCCAAGUUCCAUUUUGUGGACCUGGCCGGUUCCGAGAGGCUCAAAAGAACCGGAGCCACGGGAGACCGGGCCAAAGAAGGCAUUUCCAUCAAUUGUGGACUGCUCGCCUUGGGCAACGUGAUCAGCGCUCUUGGCGACAGGAGUAAGCGCUCCACACACGUGCCUUACCGAGACUCCAAACUCACCCGUUUGCUCCAGGAUUCGCUCGGCGGAAACAGUCAAACGGUGAUGAUCGCGUGCAUCAGCCCGUCGGACCGCGACUUCAUGGAAACCCUGAACACUCUGAAGUACGCCAACCGAGCGCGGAAUAUCAAAAACAAGGUCAUGGUGAACCAGGACCGAGCCAGUCAGCAGAUCAGCGCGUUGAGGACGGAGAUGGCGCGCCUGCAGAUGGAGUUGAUGGAGUAUAAAACGGGCAAGCGCAUGGUGGGCGAGGACGGCGCGGAGGGCCUCAACGACUUGGUCCACGAGAACGCCAUGCUGCAGACGGAUAACGACAAUCUGAGGGUGAGGGUGAAGGCCAUGCAGGAGACCAUCGACGCUCAGCGAGCCAGACUCACUCAAAUCCUCAGCGACCGAGCCAACCAGGCGCUGGCCAAUGCAGGCGAAGGCAACGAGGAGAUCGGCAACAUGAUCCACAACUACAUCAAGGAAAUCGAGACACUCAGAGCCAAACUUCUGGAGAGCGAGGCCCUCAACGAGAACCUCCGGAAGAGCCUGUCGCGCGCCUCCACUCGCUCGUCGCUCUACGCCGGCCCCGCCUCCUUCUCUCCGGCCAUCUUUGCGCCGGAGAAAGAGGCCAAUGACAUCAUCGAGAUGGCCAAGAAAGACCUGGAGAAGCUCAAGAGGAAGGAGAAGAAGAAGAAAAAGAGUGUUUUGAAAGAGGAAACGGCGGACAAUGACCAGGAACGAGGUGGCAACGAAACAGAGCUGGGCAGCGACCAUGAGGAAGCCGACGCCGGCGACGGAGAGGAAGAAGAAGACUCGGACACGGCAGGAGACGAGACGUCCGAGGAGUCGGAGGCGGAGGAGCUGGAUGAAAAAGACGACGUCCAAGCCGACCUGGCCAAUAUCACGUGCGAGAUCGCCAUCAAGCAGAAGCUGAUCGACGAGCUGGAGAACAGCCAGCGGCGCCUCCACACGCUCAAGCAGCAGUACGAGCACAAACUGGUCAUGCUGCAGAAUAAAAUUCGAGACACGCAGCAGGAGAGGGACAAAGUGCUACACAACAUGGGCUCAGUGGAGUCGUGCACAGAAGAAAAGGCCAAGAGGAUCAAGGCCGAGUACGAGAGGAAGCUGAGCUCCAUGAACAAGGAGCUGCAAAAGCUCCAGUCGGCUCAGAAGGAGCACGCGCGGCUGCUCAAGAACCAGUCGCAGUACGAGAAGCAGCUCAAGAAACUGCAGCUCGACGUCACCGAGAUGAAAAAGACCAAGGUGGUGCUGAUGCGUCAGAUGAAAGAGCAACAAGAGCGCAACAGAGCCACAGAGUGCAAGAGGAACAGGGAAAUUGCGUCUUUGAAGAAAGAUCAGCGCAGAGCUGAGCAUCAAGUGAAGCAGCUUGAGGCACAGAAGAGACAGCAGGAGUUAAUCUUACGUCGGAAGAAUGAAGAGGUGACCGCUCUGAGGCGUCAGGUGAGACCAAUGUCUGGCAAGGCGAGCAGGAAAGUCACCUUACCCGAAUCCCUCCCGGAGCCGCCCCACCGCAGCUCUCCGGGAAGGCCGUCAGCGUCAUGGACGUCCAACGGCGCCAGGUUGCGGCGUCUCAACUCCGUUUGUCGCGUCUCCACGCGGCAAAGCUCUCGAAAGAAACCGAUCUUUGUCUUCAGGGGUUGGCCGGCGCGCAGCGGAAGCGGCUACCUCGGCCGGACCGCCAGGGCCAAAUGGCAGUCGUUGGAGCGACGCGUCAGUGACAUCAUCAUGCAGCGGAUGACCAUCUCCAACAUGGAAACGGAUAUGAAUCGACUCAUGAAGCAAAGGGAGGAGCUGACCAAGCGGAGGGAACGAGUGUCCAGGAAGAAAACCAAGACCAUGGCGGAGGCGGCCCCGGACUCUGAGCGCUCGCUGACCCCCUUGAACGAGGAACUGGAGUCUCUGGGGGCCAACAUCGAUUACAUCAAUGACAGUAUCGCGGACUGCCAGGCCAACAUUAUGCAAAUGGAGGAGGCGAAGGAAGAAGGAGACACGCUGGACGUGACGGCGGCGGUCGGCUCGUGUAAUCUAUCGGAGGCUCGUUUCCUUUUGGAUCAUUUCGUGACGAUGGCCAUCAAUAAGGGCCUGCAAGCGGCUCAGAAGGACUCCCAGCUGAAGGUGAUGGAGGGUCGGCUGAAGCAGACGGAGAUCAACAACGCGGCGCAGAACCAGCUGCUCUUCCACAUGCUCAAGGAGAAAGCCGAGAUCAACCCCGAGCUGGACGCCCUGCUGGGCAGCGCCUUCCAAGAGUUAGGUUACCUGUCACCGGAAAACGGGGACGAAAGCAGCAGCGAUGAGUCCAACCCCAGCCCGGCUGCGGAGGGCAGCCCGCUGCCGUCGGACGCGAUGAAGUUUUCCAGCGACUCCCGUCCGAGAAACAAGGCUCGUAGGAGGACCGCCACCCAGAUGGAGCUUCUGUACGCCACCUCGGCAGAUCCGGCUUUCGACUCUCCCCCCGGAGACUUUCCGGGUCCUUUGCUUCCCCUCGCCGAGCACCAGGGCGGGUGGGCGGAUCCGGGCCGCGAAUCCCCGUCUUCUCUCUCGGCUCCCAAGGCUGGCGCCUUCCGCUCGAGGUCACCGACGGGCGGCGUCGAGAGGACGCGGCUCGAGCGCUCUCCUCUCGCCCGCAGGAAAAUGCAAGAAAAAUCGACGGCCGCUGCAAAUGACUCCAAAACACCAUCGGAUGAAUCACCUGCAUUUGAUGGCCGCCGAAGAGGUGUAAUCAACCCCGCGGCACCCCCCAAGACCAGCCGGGCAGCCAGACUUCAAUGUGUCCACGUCGCCGAGGGACAUACCAAGCCCGUCCUCGCUGUGGACGUCACAGAAGAUCUGCUCUUCACGGGAUCCAAAGAUCGAACGUGUAAGGUGUGGAAUUUGGUGACCGGUCAAGAGAUCAUGUCUUUAGCGGAUCAUCCGAGCAGCGUCGUCUCAGUCAGAUACACUUCCAGCCUGGUCUUUACGGUUUCCACCGCCUACAUCAAAGUGUGGGACAUACGGGAUUGCGCAAAAUGUAUCCGCACGCUUACGGCUUCGGGUCAAGUCGGUACAGGCGACGCCUGUUCUUCAGCCCGAAGUUUCUCCAUCCCUCCGGGAGAGAGUCAGAUCAACCAGAUCGCCAUCAAUCCCGCCGGUUCCUUCCUGUACGCCGCUGCCGGGAACGCCGUACGCAUGUGGGAUCUCCGCAAGUUUGCCUCCACGGGGAAGCUGACCGGCCACGUGGGAGCCAUCACGUGUCUGACGAUGGAUAAGUCGGGGAACGGACAACAAGACCUGCUGCUCACCGGAUCCAGGGACCAUCACAUCAAAAUGUUUGAGGUGACAGAAGGAGCUCAGGGGAACGUUGGCUCCUCCCACACGUUUGAGCCCGCCCAUCAGGAUAGCGUGGAGUCUCUCGCCUUGCAUGGGGACUUUGUCUACAGCGGAUCCAAAGACUACUCCGUCAAAAAGUGGGACUUGGCCAGUAAGCGGCCUGCUGCAGGUAAGCCAUAAGGAAGCUACAGCUAGUGGGCGACUUUUGAGAUUGAACGAGGGGGGGGGGGGGGGGGGGUCGUGUCUUUCCUCGAGCAGUCAGUCGCUUUCCAUGCGGAUUGGGUCAGCGCUUUGGCCGCGGUGCCCGGCUCGUCGGCGCUGCUGCUCGGCGGGUGUCGAGGAGGGCUUCUCCGCCUGUGGCACGCUGACUCGCUAGCGCCUCUCGGUGACAUCCAAGGACACGACAGCCCCAUUAACGGCCUGGCGAGCAACAGCAGUCAUCUGUUCACCGCCUCGGAUGACCGCACGGUGAAGAUUUGGGAAGCCAAAGGAUCUCUUGAGGAUGGAGUCCAUUGACAGCGAUUUGGGAGCGUAAACUGAUUUUUUUUUUCCUUCAUUUGAGUCCUCCACGUUGCGACAAUUUGCUCGCUUGCACAAUUUUUUUUGUGUGUGUGUGU